AUGCAAGCUUGGAGAGCAAAGGAAAAGGCUUUGAAAUUUUUGAGAGGUCACCCUCCUGAUUCCUACAGUCGCUUGCCAAGUUAUUUGUAUAUUCUGGAGAAGACUUAUGCGGGGACGGUAGUUAAUUUGAAGAAGACUGAAGAUGAUUGUUUCUUGUACGCAUUUGUUGCGCUUAGUACGUCCAUCAAGGGUUGGGAGUAUUGUAGGCCAGUUGUGGUAGUUGAUGGCACCUUCUUGAAGUCGGAAUACAGGGGAAUAAUGUUAACAACCAGCACAAUGGAUGCAGCAGGUAGCAUAUUACCACUGACAUACGCUGUUGUUGAUUCAGAAAAUGAUGCAGCAUGGAAUUGUUUUUAUGAGCAAUUCAAAGAUGCGUAUGGUGAAAAACCAAAUAUGUGUGUUGUUUCGGACCGGAAUGAGAGUAUCUUGAAGGCAACAUCUAUUGUUUAUACCGGAAUUCCACAUUAUGCUUGCAUGUGGUAUAUUUGGACAAAUGUAAGGUCAAAGUUCAAUAAGGGUCAUCUAAAGUUAAGCGAAUUGUACUUUGCCACGGCACGAUCAUACAUAAUUGAUGAAUUUAAUGAAAGAAUGUCAAAGAUUGAAGAGAUCGAUGUGCGUGUUAAGGCAUACCUAUACAAUAUUGGCUAUCACAGAUGGUCUCAGGUACAUGAUACUGUGAACAAAAGGUGGACGAUGACGUCAAACAUUAUAGAGUCAUUGAAUACAUUAACAAAAGAUGCAAGAGAGCUGCCCACAGUAGACCUAUUAGAGUACAUGAGGACUCUUCUUGAAAGUUGGAAUAAUGAAAAGUUAUUGAAAGCAAAUGGUACAUUCACAUACCUUGGGAAAAUAUACAACAAAGAGCUGGAGGACAACAUGACAUUGUCACAAAAGAUGAGAGUGAGGGCUUCAAUAGACCACAUCCAUACAGUGCUAGACGGUGUGAAGCGCUUUAUUGUUUGCCUUCAAAAUAAGAGAUGUAGUUGUGGACAGUUCCAGCUUGACGAACUUCCUUGUCCACAUGCUUUGGCGGCCUUGAGGCACAAGGAUGAGUCUUAUGAAAAUUAUUGUUCUCCUUAUUACACGAGGGGGAGUCUUUUGAAGACAUAUGAAACACCAGUAGACUCGCUGCCUGACGAAAGCAAAUGGAAUGUGCCACAACAUAUAGCCGACGAAGUUGUAAAGCCACCAACUGGGAAAAGACAGCUAGGGAGACCUCAGAAACAAAGAUACAAACCAUUUGAUGAAGUAAAAGCAAAGAAGUACAAGGUUUCAUGUGGAAACUAUGGGCUAGAAGGGCAUAACAAAAGAUCUUGUAAGAAUGCACCCAAAACGAAAUAA